GUUUGUAACAUACUCUCAUAAGAACUUUAUCAUUCGCGUUCUAAGUGUCAAAUAUUUUUUUCCUACGUUCGCGAAAUUAUCUUAAGUGGUUACACCUUGUUUUUGUUUUCAUAAAUCGCAUAUACGUAUAUAUAUAUAUAUAUUAAGUGAAUCAUUCAAAUAAUAUACUAUAAUACAUACACCUGUGCACGUAUAUAAACAUAAUUAAUAUACUACUCACAAUGAUUCUUAGAAUUAUGUGAAUACAUACUAUGUGCAUCUGAAUGUUAGUGCAAAUGCAGUUAGUGCAUUUAAUUUAUUAAUGAUAAAUAAAAAAAAAAAGCAAGACGCGUAAAAUAUGUCAAAAUAAAAUGUGUCAACGAUUAUACCUUAGAGUAAUUAAAAAAUUAACACCAUGAAAACAAGUGUGAGUGUAGAGAAUUAAAUAAAAAGGUGAAGAUUGGGAAGGUGUAAAAAUAUUUAAAAUAAAAAAAAAAUAAUAAUAAUAAGAAGAAGAAGAAGAUGCGUGUGAUUAUUCUCAGUUGUUACCGCACGUGCUACAUGAUGUUGUGGUUGUAUAAUAACUCAUGCAUAUAAUACGCCCGCGCACGGGCUAGUUUCUAUGUAAAUAAAGGUCGCCCACGCGAUUGGCGCAAGCGCCCCACUUAUAUAUCACAUAAACGUGUGUAUAUAACAAUGUUCAAACAUUAACACAUAUGUAUUUAUAUAUGUUCAUAUGUGAAUGCAUAUAUGCAUUCACAUAUAUGUAUAUAUAAUACGUAAGAGAACGUGUCGGAGUCACCUAUAUAGCUAACAUAACUAGCUGAUACUCCUCCUCUGAGUUACUAUCGAACUAGUACAAGCGAUAUAUUCGAACGGAGUCGUUCCACUCCUCGCGAUUACUAUAAUCAUUUUAUUUUUUAUUUCUAACCUCCCUCAACACCACCCCCUCGACUCAUAUUUAAUCAAUUUCCCAAUUUUUGUGUGAAUUUUGAUAGAUCGUUUGUUCGAUGCAUUUCAAAUAUGAAAUCUUUGAUCACAAUUGUUCUUAUUAAUUACGUAAAUGUUUCAAUAUCGUUGUGAACAAGACAGAGAAGUAAGAAAUAGAAGCAGAAAGAGUGGGGGGGAAACCAAUAAAUGAAAGAAAGUAUAGUUCGAGAAAAUAAACAAAACAGAAGAGUAUCAUCGACGAACGAAGAAAUAUUUACGCUUAUCGGCAGCACCGUUAUUUCGACCUUGAAGAGAUAUCAGGCUCUUCGUAAGAAAUAUUCGGAGAGAGACACAAACCGGCAGUCUGUUCGUGGCUUUCGUGUUACUUACGCCCGUCGGCAGCUUGAGAAAGUCUUAGAUUUCGAAAGGAUUUUAAUAGGAAAUCUUUGAAAGGAACGUUUGAUCUACUUUUGAUGUUGUCUGGCAAGAUUUUGGGAUAAUCAAAACACGACGAAACUUAAGGAAGAGGAAAAGCUGUUACAUUAUCCUCAAAACUAUCCUGAAUCUUUUCGUAAGGAUUAAUAGUAAUACAACUGAUCAUGACGUCGGCUAACGGUGCACCAGUGAAAUCAAGACGACAGGAUUCCUCACCAAUGUGGGUGAAUCCUUGCGGACUUGCGGCUGAAGAUUUCAACAGUGAUCCAGAAAUCGAACAAUUAAAGGAUUUUGACCUCGUAUCGCAGAUUAUCGUACAAUCCCAAACAGCAUUGUCUCAUACUUCGCUGUUUCGUGAAGAUUUCGUCAAAGAGUGUUUCAAAUCCGACUUCGAAAAUUUGCAUGCACAAUGGAAGGAAGUGUCUUACGAUUGGUUACCUAAUUUUCCAGAAUUACCUAAACGAUUAGGGGAACAAUUGGAUGUAAAACAUUUGGAAGGUUCCAGCAUGGACGAGAUGUUACUGAAAGCUUAUAGAUUUCUGCAAAUAUUCGCAGUAGCCUUAGAACAAAUAGUAUGGGAUCAAGAAGAAAACAAUCUACCGUUUUUCAAAUACUUUAGGGAGGCUGAAUUGAAACUACGUGCGGUACUAUGCGAAGUACAAGCAGCAUUGGUUGAACGUGCCGUUCCCUUAGGUAACGACGUUACAAGGGACGUAAUGGCGGAGGAAUAUCGGUCGACAGCAUCAUCGGCUACUUUUCGUAAUUUGCGCGAUUUUUUGAUAUUACGGGACUACAUUAAUUGUCUCGAAUAUGUCAAUCAAUUAUGCGAAUACCUUCGUACUACAUUACCACCAUCAUGAGGACGGCAAGGCGGAAGCCGAAGAAGGGAUACGAGGCGACGACUCGCCCAUUCGAAAAAACUCACCGACUUUAUCUCGCAAAGAUAUUCCCUUAAUCAGACUAUUCAUUAUUAAAAAAAGAAAAGAAAAAAACUAAUGAUAAUCAUAAUAAUCAUUAAUUAAUAAUCAUAAUUAAUAAUCGUAAUAAUAAGUUCCGUUGUUUAAGGAAAAAAAAAAAAGGGAAAAAAUCAAAUCGGUGCGAGACUAAGGAUUUAAACUUUUCCAAUGGGAAACACGAGGAUGUUUUAUUCAAUUAUCAAAUAUAAAAAAAUUAGUAUUAUUUUUUUUAUAUUUGACCCUUUGGAUUGAUCUUUUUUUUUUUUAAAUAUUAUUUAUAAUAAUAAUAUUGAUAAUAAUUUGCAUGAACUUUGCAUGAACGUUGUUUCUUAUCGUCAUCUUAUUUGCAAAGUUUUUCUUUGGGAUGAAGAUUUGAGAUAAAAUUAAGAAAAAAAAAAAAAGAUGAAUCCUCGGGGAUGUUCGUAGAGUUCGUCGGUUUUCGCCGCUGUGUUUAUAAUUAAUAGUUAAUUAUUAAAAUUAACUUUUUGUAGAAAUUUAGGAGAGAAUUGAUUGAUUGAUAGAAAAAAAAUACGUUAAAUUCGUUGAG